CGUCUGGCUGGGAGCGAGUUUUUAUUUAGAGCAAAUUGUACCCCACACCCAGAAAGUAGAAAGUUUGUUCUAGAAACCACGCGAUGUUUAACGACUAAUACUCAACUUACAGUAAACAAUCACACUAAAAAAUGAAUUAAAUGAGAAACUCAGCGAGUAUCUUCCUUCGCUAUACUACGCUUCCUCGAUUUUCGUACUUUACAUUCACCCUAGGAAAAAAUACCUGGCCGUGUCAAUCCUUCAUCUACCCAGUAGGGAUUGUUGGUUCGUUACGCUAGAAGGCUUAUUUAGUAGAUCAAAAUAUUCGCCCUGUUCAAUUGCGGAGGAGUAUUAUCAUAUCGGUCGAACAGGAUUGGACUAGCGGAAUCAAAACAACAAAAGCAUUUCGAGUUAUCAUUAACUUCCUUUUUGACUACGCUGUACACACUUUCGUAAUUCAAUACAAUUUGAUGUGACCUGAAGAUAAUCAGACGAUACUAGACGUCAGUGCUCGCGCGUUGAAGACUGAAGUUAGAAAAAUGGCUACUAGCAUAGAGGCAGAUUCGCCCAAAGAUGGCUUGGAAACUGAAGAACCUAACAACAAGAUGAGAAAAGCAUUCCAGAGAGCGGACAGCGAUCUAAAAGGAAGAAUCCCUUGCGUUCAAUUCUCAACCGCCGCUCAAGCCGCUGGGCUAGAUCCAACAGAGGACGAACUAGACGAGCUGUUCCAGCACUUUGAUAAGACAGAUGAGAGUGGAAUCAACUUCGAUGAAUUCGUUGAUAUGAUGUCCUACCUUGAAGAAGGGAGCGAAAAGGACUAUGAAGAAACCUUGCGAAAGGCUUUCAAGAAAUUCGACCGUGACGGAAGUGGCUACAUCUCCCCUGAGGAGUUGCGUUACGUGGUGUGUAACACAGGCGAGAAAUUCUCGCAGAGCGAAGCAGAAGAACUGAUAGACAUGUUCGACGUCAACAAGGAUGGCCAGCUAAGCUGGGAAGAGUUCGUAACAUUCAUCAAGACAAGCAUGUUAGAACUAGAAGAUAACGGACAAGACGAUAGCCAAGACGACACAAAGCAUGAAGACGCGGAGGAAAGUAACGCAGUUCUCGAGAACCACAAGUAACGUAAUUUUCAUUUAAGUAACGUCAAUACUAGGUUUUAUCAAGAGAGCAUAAAUAAGGGAGGGAAAUUUCUUAAUAACGCGCGCGCAAUGGAAAUUCCCGGUUGGGCUAUUUUUAGUUACCGGGUGUGUUAUCAACUUGCGCGCAUGCGCUCUUUCCGUUUAUCGUUUUGAUCACUAAAAGCGAAACGGAAAGAGUGCGCGUGCGCAAGUUGAUGACGCACGGGAGUAGGGUAAGGCGAAAUUUAAACUGCAUCCGGUUACUAAAAAUAGCCCAACCGGGAAUUUCCAUUGCGCGCGCGUUAUUAAGAAAUUUCCCUCUCUUAUUUAUGUUCUCUUGGUUUUAUGUUGUUUAGAUAAUAUUAUACUUGCGUGACAGCACAAAAAUACAAGGUCACGUGAUUUAUCAUCAUGCAAUGUCUAAUUCAGACUUGGCUAGCACCACAUAACUACCGAUCCUUGAGCUACUGUAUGAAGGGAUAUUGUCAUACGUGAUUACCACGAAAAUAUUCAUUCUGACUCAGAUUAUUAUUACAACUCCUGUUCUGUACACCAUUAUUUUUUAAAAUGUUAGAUAGUUAUUAAAUAACAUUUGCCCUGCGAGAGGCAGAAAUAUCUCCAACAACGAAAAAAGACUAAAAAAGCAAAAAAUAAAAAGCAAAAAAUAAUUAUUCAACUGUAAUCGAUAAAUUUAUCUUCUUAUUUAAUGAUAAGCAUAUUCAUUUCAAAAAAAAUUGCAUAUUGUAAAUAGUAGAGAUAAAUGUUCUAAAAAUUGGAAAAACUUUUGUUCUAUAUGUGAGAAGUCUGAGAAGUAUUGUCAAUAAAUUUCAAUGUUAAUCAAA